AUGAAGGUGUACGGCUGCUCCGGCCGUGGUUUCACCGGCCACUGCGAAACCUUUAGCUGCCCGUUUGAGGGCUGCUGCCAGCUGCCGCGCUUCUUCCAGACGAGCCUUGUCUCGGUCAAGUCGGCAGGCUCAUAUGGAUUCCGUCUCUUCACCUCUGCUGGGUGCCAGUACCAUUGCAACGAUAAUGACAACGGAAGUCGUCAAGUCGACAGCCAAGGCUGGGGGUUUCCACUCCUCCGAGAGACGCGCGCUGAUAUUGAGCGCAAAGCUCGAAACGACCAUUAUAAUUACUGUACGCUUCUGAUUUUAUCCCUAAGCGAUGGACUUGCCGCAGCGCCGCCGACUAUUGCUUAG